AUGUCUCAAAAGACUUCGACCCCCUUGGGUAUUCAUCUUAUCGCAGGCGGUACAGCCGGCUUUGCCGAAGCAUGCACUUGUCACCCCUUGGACACGAUCAAGGUUCGAAUGCAAUUGAGCAGGAGCAAGCAGGGUAGAGGAAGAGGUUUCGUAAAGACGGGCGUCAUGAUCGCUCAAAAAGAGAGUUUCUUGGGACUUUACAAAGGUUUAGGAGCCGUAAUUUCUGGCAUUGUUCCCAAGAUGUCCAUCAGAUUCGCUUCAUUUGAAACCUACAAAGGCUGGUUGACUAACAAAGACAGCGGAAAAGUGUCUUCCAGCGCAAUAUUUCUGUCGGGCUUAGGAGCCGGUGUCACCGAAGCAGUGGCGAUUGUUUGUCCAAUGGAGGUGGUGAAAAUUAGACUACAAGCCCAGAUGCAUUCGAUGUCCGAUCCAUUGGACAUUCCUAAGUAUCGCAAUGCCGGCCAUGCCUUGUAUCUAAUCCUCAAGGAAGAAGGCCCGGGUACGCUUUAUCGCGGGGUGGCCUUAACGGCUCUCCGGCAAGCGACCAACCAAGCGGCGAACUUCACAGCAUACACUGAGCUAAAAGCUCUUUGCCAACGUCUCCAGCCCGAAAUCAAGGGCAACGAGCUACCGUCGUAUCAGACUCUUGUCCUCGGGCUGAUUUCCGGCGCUGUCGGCCCUUUCACCAAUGCGCCGAUCGACACCAUCAAAACCCGUAUCCAGAAAUCGACCGCAACGAUGGGUGAAACUGCCUGGACGAGGCUCAGAGUGGUCGCUACGGAGAUGUUUGUCCAAGAAGGCCCAAAGGCAUUCUAUAAGGGGAUCACUCCGCGAGUAAUGAGAGUCGCACCCGGUCAAGCAGUCGUAUUCACUGUAUAUGAAAAGAUCAAAGGACUCAUUGAGAAAUUCAAAGCAGAUUUGAAAGUCGAAUACUCGGAGUAA